UAUAGAAUCAUGAAGCUUUAUCAGCAUGGCGAUGGAAAUUACUCGACCAUAAGUGGAAAUUAUAGAAAGAUAAUAUUCCUAUCUACUUUAUUGUUGCUCAUAAAUUGUGUUCACAUACAAUACAAGUUUGCAGGAUUAAGUGAGGUUCCGACACAAUUUACUGACUCUAACUCAAACACAGGAGCUCCUGUGCUCACAUUCCCUGGAGGUACUCGAUCCUUAUGAAGUUUAGGUGCUGAUAACCCUACAGUCGUAUCUCAAGGACUGAUGUUGGAUUCGACCAAGCAUAUGGUGUUCUCCACACAUUUUGAGACAUCUUCCAAACAGUACUCUUUUGGACUAUGGGUUUACUACUUUGAAAAUAACCCAAUCAGAUAUAUUAGUGGGAUCAACGCAGGGGUAAUUCUUGUAAUGACUCUUAGGCAUCAGGAUCAGUGAUUAAAGGUCAACUGUAUUGAGAUCAAAAUGGUACUUGACUUUAAAAUUUAA